AUGCUUAUUCGUUCCUGUGUAAGAAAAUUUAUCGAAACCUAUUACCCAUCUGCAAAUUUAAUAGCUGCAGCGGUUGCACCUUUACCACACACCACUUGGAAAAAUACUUGUUUCUUAAAUACCCAAAUGGCUAAUUCGAAACCAGAAACAAAAAAUGAGUCAAAAAAAGGUGUCCCGUCUUUUGUAACACCUGAGUAUAUAGAAUUGCAGCGCCAGAAAAAGGCAGAGAAGAUGGCGAAAAAGGCUACUCUUAAGCAAUCUAUGCCUCAACAAAAUCAACCGCGUGAGUUUAAUACCGACUUUAUCAAAAGGGACAUGCUUCCUUUGCCAAAUUUUGUUCCUUACGAUGAAGAUAAACUGCCUGUGGACAUCAAAGUUAUGACUUACAACGUGCUGGCCCAGACAAAUAUUCGUCGGUCCAUGUUUCCUCAUAGUGGUGAAACCCUAAAAUGGAAGAACCGCUCAAAGGUCCUUGAAAACGAAUUUAAAUAUUAUGUUCCUGACGUUGGUUGUAUGCAGGAGGUUGAUGCUGAAUUCAUUCCUUCAUUCUAUAAACCUUUGAUGGAAGGCAUGGGUUAUGAUUUGAGUUUUCAAGCUGCUAAAGGAAAGACGCAUGGAAUUUUAAUUUUUUGGAGAACCUCAUUAUUUCAAAAUAUAAAAGUAGACGUUAUCUAUUAUGAUGAUCAUAACGAACUACCUGGAAGAAUGAACACGAAAAAUAUUGGCUGUUGUGUUUCUUUACAACGUACUAAUGAUUUAUCUAAAGGCAUUUUUCUUGCUACUACGCAUCUAUUUUGGCAUCCGUAUGGCUCAUAUGAACGACUCCGUCAGGGUGCUCUCUUAGUAAAGGAAGUAAACGCUAUAGCAGAAGCUCACCAAACGUGGCCCGUAAUUAUUGCUGGUGAUUUUAAUACAGAGCCUUUUGAUACGAACUAUCCUGCGAUGACUACGAAGCCUUUCGCUAUUUGUCAACGUGCUACUGACAUUAUUGAGCGUAGUAUGAAUUAUGUGUUUGGAGAAUCCGAAUUAGAAGGAAAGGAAGAAGCUGUGACUCAACCCUCAAUAACGCAAUCAGAAAAUGAUAGCGAGAAUGGUACCUCCACUGCAACUUCUACCGCCUCGACACCUACCCCUUCCAAAAAGCGUAUUUUACAUGUUCAGAAUGAGUUUGUGCCACACUACACUACAUUUUAUGAACAACACCAGAAAAAUCCUCGACUUGUUAGUUUGUAUUCUUAUGGUUACAAACACGUCGAUCCAGAAAAUGCAAAGAACGCAUUUGAACAUCCUGCUUUUACAAAUUGGGCAAAUACUUACCAAGGUCACUUGGACUACAUAUUCCUUAUGGAUCGAAAUUCUACAAAAGAAAAAUCUGCAGAUGAAGUUAUUGAAGGAAUUAAGCUAAAAAGUCUGCUUAGAAUUCCUAAACCAUCGGAAAUGAAAGAGGCAGAACCUCUAGAGGGUAGAUAUCCCAGUGAUCAUGUCGCUUUAAUGGCUUCCAUUCAAUUAAUAUGA